AUGGGUCGCAAAGGGCACGCUGUGUGCAUUAUUGGCCAUGUUCAAGCAAUGCCCGAUUCCAUACACAGGAAUACUCUUGGGAGUGAUGUACUAUUUUUCAGCCGACAAAACUCCAUACGAUGCUUUUCCCCAGAGAUGGGGGUUGAAGAUGUAAGAUGGAUCAGGAGGACGGAUAUUGAUGAUGAAUGGUCGUAA